AUGAACGUCCAAAUUCCUGGACCCAUUGAUUUCUUCCGCUCAAUAGCUGGGCAAGCAACGCCCGCGGAUAAGGACUGGGCUCCUUCCAGUUCGUCGCUGCCGACCGGUUUUGAUAUUGGCGAGUACUCCCAAUGGGUUGCUUUCCGGGACUCUCAAGACUUCGACAAAUUGGUGGCCGAAUCUCUAUCUAUUCACUCUGACACUGUGCUGGGCGCAGUCGCAGACAUCAGACGUUGCUUAGAAGCAAUGCGAAAGUCGCGGUCGACCUACCAUGAUUCCGACAAUCGGAAUGCUCGCCUCAAGUUUUUUGAUAAUGCUCCUAUAAGUAUUAAACGGCUCUGGGAUGCCCGUAUGAACUUCUUUGCCGGAGAGAAAGAAAUACAUUCUUGCAAGCCGCAAACUUCUCGGAUUUACAUUCGCGGUUAUAUUAGCUCGAUCCUCGAUUCAUGUUUGAUCGAUAGACGAGACCAAUACGUCUCUAUAAGCUCCAAUGCUAUCGAUCUCUACUACUGGCUAUACCUAGUUUCUGUUGAAACGGAGGAACGUCAACACCCCGACUGCGAGUUCUCAGAGUCCGUCAGGAAAGUGCUUGACUUGGAAAAGAUGUGGUCGAAAGUUGUCCCUCAGUUAUUCUCAGACGUCGACGUUCAGGCUUUUGAGAACCGCCUUAUUAUUGCUUUGGCGCCCAACCCUAAACCCCUUAUGGUUGCAGAUACUGCCCAUGUCCUAUACUACAUGAGCCCGGAAAUAAUCGGUCACAUCCGCCCAUACGUCUUCAAACUUUUCGUGUAUGCCGUCCAUACAGCCUUUAGAAAUCUUCUCGAGGGUGGUCAAAAGUCAACGGAAGCGCAUGAGACAAUCGCGUUGACUGUACUUACACUACAUGGGUGUCGGAAACGUCGAGGAGCCCAAUUCAUUGAAAACCUUUAUCAAACCUCAAUACCUUCGAACUUGUCGAUGUUCCAAUCAUUAGCUGCCAAACUCGUGCACCCAAACGUCAUGAUCGAGGUUAUCAUUAUCUCCGCAAUGACCGCUUUCAACAUGAGGAAUAAAGGUGCAGGGAUUGAUUGA